CCCAGGUGGACCACAGCCUGGGCUCGGCCUGGGUCCCCAGCCACAGGCGGGUGAACCCGCCCACACUGCGCAUGAAGAAGCUGAACUGGCAGAAGCUGCCGUCCAACGUGGCUCGUGAAGGCAGCUCCAUGUGGGCGGCGCUGGGCAGUCCCAACACCGAGACGGUGGAACCCGACUUCUCCAGCAUCGAGCGGCUCUUCUCCUUCCCGGUGGCCAAGCCCAGGGAGCCGGCCGCUGCCGCCCAGGCCAGGAAGGAGCCCAAGGAGAUCACGUUCCUCGACGCCAAGAAGAGUCUGAAUCUCAACAUCUUCCUGAAGCAGUUUAAGUGCUCCAACGAGGAGGUCACCGCUAUGAUCCGGGCCGGGGACACCACCAAGUUUGACGUGGAGGUUCUCAAACAGCUCCUCAAGCUCCUUCCGGAGAAGCAUGAGAUUGAAAACCUGCGGGCGUUCAGAGAGGACCGAGCCAAGCUGGCCAGCGCCGACCAGUUCUACCUGCUCCUGCUGGGCGUUCCCUGCUACCAGCUGCGGGUGGAGUGCAUGCUGCUGUGCGGGGGCGCGGCCGUCGUGCUGGACACGGUGCGGCCCCAGGCCCAGCUGGUGCUCGCCGCCUGCGAGAGCCUGCUCACCAGCCCCCAGCUGCCCAUCUUCUGCCAGCUCAUCCUGAGGAUCGGGAACUUCCUCAACUACGGCAGCCACACAGGUGACGCUGAUGGCUUCAAGAUCAGCACGUUGCUGAAACUCACGGAGACCAAGUCCCAGCAGAACCGCGUGACGCUGCUGCACCACGUGCUGGAGGAAGUGGAAAAGAGCCACCCGGACCUCCUGCAGCUGCCCCGGGACCUGGAGCAGCCCUCCCAGGCAGCGGGGAUCAACCUGGAGGUCAUCCACUCGGAGGCCAGCUCCAACCUGAGGAAGCUUUUGGAGACAGAGCAGAAGGUGUCAGCCUCGGUGCCUGAGGUGCAGGAGCAGUACGCCGGGCGCCUCCAGGCCAGCAUCGAGGCCUCCCAGGCGCUGGACAAGCUCUUCGAGGACAUCGAGCAGAAGAGGCGGGAGCUGGCUGACUACUUGUGCGAGGACGCCCAGCAGCUGUCCCUGGAGGACACCUUCAGCACCAUGAAGACAUUCCGCGACCUCUUCAUCCGCGCCCUGAAGGAGAACAAGGAGCGGAAGGACCAGGCGGCCAGGGCAGAGCGGAGGAAGCAGCAGCUGGCCGAGGAGGAGGCGCGGAGGCCUCGGGGCGAGGACGGGAAGCCAGGCAGGAAGGGGCCCGGGAAGCAGGAGGAGAUCUGUGUCAUCGACGCGCUGCUCGCCGACAUCAGGAAGGGUUUCCAGCUCCGGAAGACGGCCCGAGGCCGCACGGACGCUGACAGAGGCAGCAAGGCAGCCACGGGGAACCCCCCAGGGGCCACGGAGUCUGCGGCCAGCAGGGAUCCUGCAGGAGGCCCCAGGAGUGGCACCCGCUGCCCCACCUCUGGGCCAGGCCUUGAUGCUGCAGCCACCAACGAGCCUCCAGGCUGGGACCUCGUAGAUGCCGUGACCCCCAGCCCGCAGCCCACCCAGGAGCCGUUGGAGGAGGGUGGUCCCAGACCCCUGGAGAGGCGUUCUUCCUGGUACGUGGACGCCAGUGAUUUCCUAGCUCCGGAGGACGCCCAGUGUCCCCAGCCCUCGGAGGGGGCCUGGCCAGUGACUCUGGGUGACGCUCAAGCCCUGCAGCCCCUCAAGUUCUCCAGCGAAAAGCCCCCUGGGACCCAAAGUUCCAGCCACGAUGCCGAGGGCCCCGCGUCCUUGGGGGGCAUCCGUCAGGCCGAGGCCGACAGCACGAGCCAGGGACGGGAGGACGCAGGUGUCCUCAGCCACAGUGCGGGCCUCCCGGCUGCAGGCCUUGGUGGGGAAGCGGACGAGGAGGACCCGGCCCCGGAGUCCGCACUGGACACGUCCCUGGACAGGUCCUUCUCUGAGGACGCAGUGACUGACUCCUCGGGGUCUGGCACCCUCCCCAGGGCCCGCCGGGCCUCGAAGGGGCCGGGCCGGCGAAGGAAGAAGCGUUCGGCAAGGAGCCAGGAAGAGGUUGCCCCUGAUUGUGAUGAUAGUAAUACAAAAAGGCUGUGUGUGAUCCAGUGAGGCUUCAGGCCCAAGCCCAAAGCCAAGUGACAGAGCCCGUGGGUGGCCUGGGCACAGCAUCGGC